UAUAUCAAAAAUCAGUUGGUAAUUAACCUGAAGGCUUGAGAGCACUUGAUAGUAUCUACUGUGUCUCCAGAGAAAUAGAUUACUUAUAAAGCUGCGGAAGUUCAUUAAAUAUGUUAAUGAAAUUUGCACGAGACUUAGUACAUAUCUGCUAACAAAGAGAUAUGUACCCGUAUCAAUUAUUUGAAGAAUUUUACAAAUUUCUGGCAUAAUGUCAAUUACGAUAUCAUCGUAAUAUUAUAUUUUGAAUUGAUCUUAGAAGUGAGAAUAUUAAAAUAGGUGAAAAGCUCGCCUAAUAGUAAUAAUAAUAAUCAAUAAAAAUGCCAGUUGGUGUAUUUCCUGUUCUCAAAUUAUCUGUACUUUUCAUCAAGCAGAUCAGCAAACCCUUGGCUAAAUUUCUUGUCAAUCAAGCAAAGAAUCAUCCAGUUUUUAGGACUUAUAUUAUCAUACCACCUGCUCAAUUUUAUCAUUGGGCAGAGGUAAAGGCAAAGAUGUAUGUUAUGAAUCUUGGCAAGCCAACAAAAGUGGCAAAAUUAAAUGAGGCCAUGGCAAUCGAGCUGGGUGCUAGUCUGAUGAGUGAGGUAGUUAUUUUUGGUGUGGCUGGUGGAUGUUUGAUAUUGGAAUACAACAGACAAGCUAUAAAAGAAAGUAAGAAGGAAGAGAUUAGACAAAUGCAAAUACAGAAGUUCACAGAUGACAUACAGGCACUGCACAACACGACGUUGCAGCAGGAAACUCGUAUUCAGUACCUACAGAGUGCUAUUAAUGAAUUGGCAAAUCACACAAAGCACAAAUUACAAACACCUGAACCAGUAUUGCAAGUAAACAAUGGUAAUAAUGAAAGUUCUAGUAAAAACAGUAAAGGUCAGACAGAAGCAAGUACAGAAAGUAAAAACAGCUCACUCGUAGAACGUGCUAUAAUGUAUUAUAAUAAAGACUUAAGAACAGUCAAAGUAAGUUAAUAGUUACUUUAUAAAUGUUUGGAGAUGCACAUCAUAAAUAUUUGCAUAUGGUGUUGGUACUAGUCGAGUGUAUAAGUAUGUAUGGAAUAGAUCUAUAUUAUAUAUAAUAAUUUAUUGUUUUAAUUUGUAAUUUGUGCUAAUUACGUUUUAUAAAGAUUUAUGUAAGUGUGAGAAGAAGCAAAUAUUUGAUUGUAUUCAUCCAGCCUAGUAACUUUAAAGUAAGUGUAGAUAUAUGUAAUAAAAUAAAGUUUACACAUUAAAAAUUUA